AUGUACUGGCCCUACCAACGCCUUACUGGACCCUCCGAAACACUCAAAAUAAUACUAAUAUUGUUAAUUAUGGCUGCGGAAUUACAGUAUAAAGCUGAGACCAAGAAUGGGAAACCUGUUCUCUACUCCAGAACUGACACUCAAGGUGAGUGGGACGACAUAACACACACUAGACACAACUUGGAUGAUUUGGAACUCUAUGACUUAGAAUUGAAUUUAACAAAGUUCUCUCAGUGUCCAGCAUUUCUACAUGGGUUUACCAUUAGGAUUAUUACUCUUUUCCUCUGCUACCACAUUAAGAUGGGUGACAAGUUACUAUGGUCCUAUUGCAUGGAACCUUACCAAGGAUUACCCACUGAAAUACUAUUCAAUUUGAAGAACAACACUAUGAAUUUAUUGUUUAAGGAGAAUAGAUUGGAGAACUUGAGUAUGGAGGGGUAUUUGACUGACUGGGUGGAGCCUGGGAAAUUACUUGAAAAACCUGACGACUGGAAGUUCAUAGAAAAUGGUGACACAGAGGCAUGUUUGUUUAAUGAGGAGGAUCCCUGCUUAGGGUUACAAAUUCUAGGCAAAAGCGUCUGGAUACACAAUGAAAACGAACCCUAUCCAAUCUCUGUAAUUCUCGCAGAAAACACCAACACUCUCGUCUUCCCAAAUUACUACACACAAUUCGAUCUUCCACAUUAA